UUUUAAUGAAAAAUAGACAUAUUAGUUUAUACAGCUAUAUUGCUUUCUUAUUUGUUAUGUAUGGUGUUUGGCAUCUAACAAUUCAAUCAAAAAAGCAUGGAGGAUAUAAUCUUAAUUAAUUACCAGAUCUCAUCUCAUAAUUAAAUAAUACAAUUAAACCUCAAAUAACCUUCAAUGUUUUGAAUAUGUUUUCGUAGGAAGACAUAAAUACAUUUAAUGAAACAAUUCAUUAAAAGUAUACAGAAUUUGAUAUUCAAUUUAACAUUGUUGAAGAUAUCAAUCAAAUUUAAGAAUAAGAUAAGUAAUGAAUUCAAUCAUACUAUUAGAUUGCUGAUAAAUAUAUAGAAAGCAUAAUAUACAUUUAUAUUCAUUCAAAAAUUGGAUUAAAUUACUAUUAUGACACAAGACUUAAAUGAUCCUUCUUUAUUUAAAAAUUUGAGAAGAUAUUUUAAUAAGUUUUAUCCUCUUGUUUAGAAGGAAUCAUAAUUAGAAAGUAAAUAAUUUUAUGUUAACAGACUCUUGAUUUUUGAUUUUUUAAUUAUAGGUAAAUGUAUUAAUUCUAAACUUUAGAUAAAUAAAAUAAUUCUCAGUAUAAUAAUUUAUUGAAUGAUAUAGAAAGAAGUGUAUUAAAAUUAUAAAAUUAUUUUGGUUUACCAGGAGAAAAUAUCAGAAUUAAUUAUAAAUAUAUAGAUGGGUAAAAUAUUGAAAUUACUCAAAAUUAAAUUUAUUUAUAGAAAUAAACUAUAAAUAAUAUUUUAGAGUAAUAUAAAUAGCAACACAAUAUGAAUUGGAGAGAAUUUUUCUAGAUGAAUAUUCUAACUAUAUUAACUGAUGAAGAUAUUGCUAUUGAUUUAGAUAAUAAUGAAAAUGUUUAAUAUUUUUUUGAAGAACCUUAAAAUUUUAUGUUUCAUGUUAAUUCUUAGGAGACACUAUUCAAAAAUAUUUUCAAUACUUAUAUUUAAUUUUUAUAGUUGGAAGAAUAAUAAUAAAUCAUGAUAGAAAAUUAAGAUUUCAAACCAAGUUUAGAAUUAAUAAGAGAUUACUUUUAAAAAAGAGAAUAUUUAAGGCAUCUUUAAAAUUUCAAAAAAGAAUUAGAAUAUGUUUAAUUUAUAUAAACAGAAGGGGAAUAUAAAAUAACUUUGAAUAGUCAAAAAGAGUUUGAAUAAAGAGUUGAAUAUAUAAAGGAGACAUUAAUAAACAAGAGAGUUAUAAAGACAGAUACAGUAAACAUUUUGAUUGAUGAUGGUUUUUCAGAUUUCGAUACGUUUUCAUUUGAAUAUACGUAAAGUUGUUGAUUAUAAAAAUAGUUUGGGAAUGUAUUUGCCUUUGAUUUUGCCAUUUGCCUAUCCAAUAUUAUUGAGUAUAUAUGAUGAGUUGUCGAGUAAAUGAUAAUAAAAUGAAUUAUUUAUUAAUAUUGCUUUAUAUAUAUUAAAGUACAAUAUUAUCAUUAUUUACAAUCAUAAUCCCAAUAUUAUUGGCAGAAAAGGGAUAUACAUUUGAAUAAUAAGGUAUGUAUUCAUUAAUCAGCUAUCCAUUUUAUUUUAAAUUUAUGUUUGCACCAAUAAUUGAUUUGUAUUAAUUUUAAUUCUUGGGGAAAAGGAAAAGGUAAUAAUAAAAUUAAUUGAACAUAGUUAUAUUAUACCGAUAAAUUUAUUAUUAUCAGUAAUACUUUUAUAUUUGUCAAGGAUUGAGAUUUUAACAAAUUAUCAUAUUUUAUGGAUUUUAGGAUUUAUUUUGUGUUUGUUUUUAGGAAUAUAAGAUAUAGCAAUAGAUGGAUUAGCAACUGAUUUAUGCAAAUAAUAAGGUGAAAGUGCUGCAUUGUUAUAGAAUAUUGGUUUUACAAUAGGGAAUUCGUUUCUUGGAAAUUUUUUAUUUAUAGCUUUGUAUUCAUCUCAAAAUUGUACAUUAGAAACAUUUUUUAUGUUAUUGUCAAUAGUAGGUUUAAUAUUAACUAUAUUCUUAUAUUUAAAUUAAUAAGAAUAGGAAGAGUAGUAAAGAAGUGCAAAAAACUUCUAAGAUUUAUUAAGUGUAAUAAAAUCAUUUUUUAGAAAUGAAAAUAUGAUAAAAUAUUCAUUAUUGAUAUUUUUUGAAAGGUAAAUAGUAAAAGUAUGAUUUAGAACGGCAUUGUCAUCUUUGGAUGCAACAUUCAGAUUAAAGUUAGUUCAAUUUAAUAUAAAUAAAACAUAUAUAUCUUUGAUUGAUACAAUAAUUUUACCAUUAAAGAUAGCUACUGGUUUAAUCUAUCAUUAGUAUUUCAACAAAUAUGAUUUUAAGUACGAUUUAAUUAUAUGUGUAGAUAUUAUGGAAACAUCUAAUAUUUGAGAUUGAUUUCAACAUUAUUUGCAAUAGUGACAUUAUUAUUGAUAGAUAAAUUUGAGUUGGAUGGACAAUUUAGUUAUGUAGCAAUAUUCUUUUCGAAUAUGUGUUGGUGGAUAUUAUUUAAUAUUACAUAUAUUGUUAGAGUAUUCAUAUAGAUUUACAUAUAAGGGUAACUUUUAAAUGAAGAUAACUACUCCUGGAGUAGAAGCUACUACUUUAACUAUUUUGAAUAGUAUAAGUUAAUUAGGAGUGAAAUUGGCAUUUUCAAUAAGUUUGAUAAUGGCAAAUUAUGUGAAUUAUUAUUGGUUGCUUUGUGCUGGAUGGAUUAUUCAUUUACUAUAUUGUUUUAGAUAUUCAGAAACUUAUAGAGAUUUGUAUAUGUAGCCCAUAUAAAAGUGGUAUUUAAAUAAAUAAAUCAAACAAAUUUGA